AUGCGGUUAGAAGAUUGGCUGGAUGAUUUGUGCGUCCGUUUCAUUAUCAAUCUUCCGCGCGAGGAGCUUGAGUCGGUUGAACGGAUAUGUUUUCAAGUUGAAGAAGCACAAUGGUUCUACGAAGACUUCAUUCGUCCGCUUGACCCCGCGCUACCGUCAAUGAACUUGAAGACAUUUGCUAUGCGCAUUUUCCAACAUUGCCCGCUUAUGUCGUCAUGGUCUCAUUACCAUCAUUUGGCUGCCUUUCAAGAAUUCCUUGAUUACAAGACGCGCGUGCCGGUCCGCGGUGCAAUCAUGUUGAACCAAGAUAUGGACGAGGUUGUUUUGGUUAAGGGCUGGAAGAAGGGCGCCAACUGGAGUUUUCCCCGUGGUAAAAUCAACAAGGGCGAAAAGGAUCUUGAUUGUGCUAUUCGUGAGGUCUAUGAAGAGACUGGGUUCGAUGUUCGGGAGGCCAACUUGGUUAAAAACGACGACGAUGUUAAAUACAUUGAGAUUACGAUGAGAGAGCAGCAUAUGCGACUCUACGUCUUUCGAGGUGUGCUCCGUGAUACUUACUUUGAACCGCGUACCCGAAAGGAAAUCAGCAAGAUUGAGUGGUACAAGCUUUCAGAGCUGCCAACGCUGAAGAAAAAUAAACAGCACGAUGAAGGACUUGCAGUCGCAAAUGCGAACAAGUUCUACAUGGUUGCCCCGUUUCUCAGCCCACUGAAAAGGUGGAUAGCGCAGCAGAAGAAGCUUGAUGCGAGAGCAAAUCAAGUUGCACAGGCUGAGGGAUAUCUUUCUAUGGAUGAGAAUGGCCCUAACAAUGGCACUCCAGGGAUGUCCCUCGCAGAAAUGGCCAUUCCAAGUGAUCUUCCUGAGGUGACCUCAGCGCAAGAUGCUUCGGAUCACCUCAAACGCCUUUUGAACAUCUGCGCCGCACCGGCGCAAGCUAAUACACCAGGCCCCGAGCCAGCUCGGGCUUCUGUCGUUGACCCAUCCAAGGCGAGUGGGCUCCUUGCCUUGUUGCAGCGUGGGCGUCAAGAGAUAUCCCCUCGGGAUUCUCUCAGUAAUGCUAUGGCGCCACCUAAUGCAUCUCAGUCCAACGUCCAAUCUGCAGAACAACGGCCUCAUGUGGGUCCUAAUUUCUUCCCCGGCUUCCCUCAGCAGCAGCAGAACAUGGGUCCGUCUCCUUUCAUGCGGCAGAACUCGACACCAUUCCACACCGUCCCAUCCCAACCUCAUAUCCAGCACUUCUUGAAUGGCCCACAAGCUCUUCCCGGUAAUGCAUUCCCGACUAGUGCGCCUAAUUGGUAUCCUAAACCUAACGCGAUACCACAAUUCCCCCAAACCACCACUAUGUCUCAAUAUCAGCACCAUAAUCAGCCUCCUAUGGCCCCUGGCGUUCUGAACCCGAGCCAUAUGCCCGCACCGUUUCAACGGACAGGAGACCCUGAGUUUUCUGAAUCCGCUCAGUUAUCUCAAACCCGGGGCCCAGUCGUUCCACCGGCGAGCAAAUUGCCUCCACCGAAGCUCACAAGCCAUUCCCUGGCGCUCUUGGAAGCCUUCAAGGUUAAGACCCCCAAGGGCCCGGGUCCAGCGAAGUUGGCGGCUCCCAUGCAGGGCUCUUCUCACGCGCGUAAGACGUCUCAGCACCAGGAUAGUCUUUUGGGUUUGCUCAAGGGUGCGCAAACUGCCCGCGUUUCUGAACCAGCGGAAUUGUUAGGCAAUCCCGUUGUACCCUCUGCGGCGCCUUCAGAGAAGCAGAUUCUUCAGCGUCCUCGCGAUCACCAACCCACGCACCAGACUGCCGCAACGAGAAGCCUUCCGGGAGCAGGUCAGACAUCGGCUACCGUGUCUGGACCGUUGAAUGUGCCACAAUUUGAGACAUAUGGCAAACCACCUAAGUCAAACACUGGAACAAACCGAAAGAACCACGUGAAUCGGCGAGAGCAACCCCAGCUCCAGCAGCUAUCGUCACCGAUUACCAUUCUAUCGCGACCCCAUUCUGCCAAACGGGAGAUAUCCUCGUCGAGACCCGUUGCACAAGCAACCCAGGUUCUGCCUGCGAAAAUACCCGAGGCGCCUGAGCCUAUCAGGAAUUUCCAGCCGCAGAUUCUGCGUCGGUCAGAAAAACCCGGGUAUGAAGCAUUAAUGGCCACAGCUCCUCAGACAGAAGCUAUUGAACGCAAAUUGAGUUUGCCAGGUGUUGGGAUCGAUACCCAGGGCCUAGCCGCACAGGGCAACUUUGACCGUCGACCGAGUCAAACUGCUGAGCAGAAAGCUUCACUUUUGUCUCUCUUUAGUAAAGCGCCUGUCUCUCCGUCGCCCGUUUCUACGACCGCGUUCGACUCCCGAGCUGUCAACCAGCAGCCGGCAGCAUUCUCGGGUUUUGUCAGCCCAAUUUCGUCCCGCAAUCGUCCGAGCAGCGGUGAUUCUAUUUCUCGGCAUGGUACGCCAUCCGAUGCUGGCGCACACACCAAUAGUCAGCAGGUUUCUUCUCCGAGCAACAAGGCGUUCUUGCUUGGGUUCUUGGAGGGAGUGGCCAAGGGCAAUAAGUAG